AUGACAUCAAUGAUCCAGGAGAACAAGAUACUUCAAGAUACAGUCUCGUUGGUUGGGGGCUUCUAUGCCUCUCGUAGCUCGAAUUUGCUGACAUUCUCGAAGAACGAGAAAAGAGACCUAGUGGUUCAAUGGCGUCAGCUGCAGAAGUCUGUUGCACUCGGCAUCAAAGAGGUGUCCAGUGACGGCAAAUCAGAUGUUCUUCUAGCCUGUGCUCUUCUGCUCAGUUUCGUUCAGAUCCUGGAUGACACUUCAGGGAGAUCAUGGUGUGCAUGGGUUUACCAGUUGCAUGCCUUUGUCUGGCGAAAUGGGAAAUCGGUCGCACCUUUGACACCUCUCUUGCGGUCGAUGCGCAGGUUAGCCCGUAUCAUGAAUGCCUUGAGGGCUCUUUGUCUAGAGCAGGACCUCGACCUUGCGCUACCCUUCCGUUCGCACGAUUUGGGUUCAAGGGUGGACCAUCUGCCUCCGCAUGGGCAGGAUGCAUCCGCAUUGUCCGAUGACCAGCUCCUGGACUACUUCUGCGAGGACCUGGAGAUGUGGGCUAAGUUGCAGUGGCUGACCGCAGAUUGGAAAACCAGAAGUAAGGAGUUGGGUCUGCGACUGGACCCAGAACUUCGCAAAUUCCCGGGAAGAAGAUUAUCUGAACACGAAUACCAGGGGGUAGAAUUGACUUGUAUUGCGUCCCGAUUCCAGCGGGAUAUCAUUGCCUCUCUGCUUUGGUACAGUGGCGAAAAUGGCAGCAGCGUUACGAAUAUGCUGCUAGCGUUUUACCACUGCGUUAGCGUCGACAUCUCGUUGAUGUUUUGUGAUUCGGUCUGGCUCUCUCUGAAUUGUGAACUGCCAGUUAUGACACACCAGAUGAGUUAUGAACAAGCGACCAAUGCGUUGCAGCAUGCAGAGAAAGGCCUUCAAAGUUCAUAUCUUGAGGCAAUUUUCUACGCCCCAACUUUGUAUACAGUCAGCAUGACGAGGAGAUACAAGUCCGAACGGAGUCGCAUAGUGGAUUUUAUUAGCAGGCUGAAGCAGAAGGGCUUUUUCGUUGCGGAUCAGUUUUUAUCCGUGAUUGAAGAAGCAUGGGCCGCUAGAUGA